AUGGAUUCGACUUCGCCCAGCUCAAAGGCCCUUGUGCGCAAGAGGUCCGAGACAGACUUGAUGCCGCCUCCGCCUCCAGUCAAGAAGUUGAAGCGGCCCAAGCAGGUCUUGAACGAGGAGGACUAUACCAACACGCUCUCGCACAUCAUCGUGAGGGAUUUCUUCCCCGGCAUCAAGGUGUCGGCAGUUCAACACGAGUACCUCGACGCUUGCGAGUCUCGAGACGCCGCAUGGAUCUCAAACGCGCGCCAGAGACUCCAUGAUGUCCUGACUCCCAGACGACCGAGAUCGCACUCUACGCCCAAGCCCUCGCAGGACAACGGACGGACUCCAACUACCUUUGUGGGAGACACACCGAGCUCGGCCGCACCCACCAUGAUUGACGAAAAACCGCCACCCGGCAUCAACAUGGGCCUCUCCAGGUUCCAGUCCAAGUACACGAGCGAAGAUAACGAGAGCUUCUACAAGCUACUGGAUAAGCAGAAUCAGAAAAAGGCAGAGAAGCACGCCUGGAUGUGGAACAACAACAAGCUGCCCUCGAAGCAGAUGAUCAAGCAGAAAGAAGUCAUGGACAGGCUGAAAAAGCAGCGAAGCCUGGUCGACGACGGGUUCAAGCGCGAUCGCCUUGCCAUCCUAGAUGUCGAUAAUCGGCCGGCGAGGCCCGACUCCUGGAAAGCGGCUCCGAGAAACGGCUUGAUGUUUCAGCCAAGCGGUCUCGACGAAGGCGUCGCCACAGUUGCGCAAAAAGCCGACGAAUCGUCGCGAAUGGGCCCGAGGGCCAUAGUGUACGAGAAUACCAGGAUACCGCAGCCCCAUAUCCCGCAACGCCCCCUUUCGCCUACAAUGUCUGCGAUCCGGGACGCCGCUGCAGGGCGGCCACGUCGCCAAGACCGAGACUCUAGUGACGUUGGCGGCGGUGAAACUCCGAGGGUGAAUGGCUACACAUACGUCGAUGACGAAGACGAUGAGCCCUCUACCGCUCAGUCUUCCCCUGCCAUUGACCUUGGGCCGGGUGACGCACACAACCCGUUCAAGUUGCAGGAGCUAAGGAAAAGGGAGUCGCUGCACGAACGGUUGGUGGAGCGGAUAGCCAAAUCCAACAAGGAGUCUUCACGCCACGGGCUUGCCGGGAAAGCCGAGAAAGGCCAGGUGCCAAAAUUCCCAAGCAGUCCGCGGAUCUCGGGAAACUUUACACCAGCGGCCCAAAGACUGCUGAGCAAAAUGGGGACGCCGAGAAGCAAGACACCUAGCACCUCGUUUGGCCAGUCGACGCCCAUGAAGCUGCGAGGAUCGCUUUUGAAGAGCGUCACGAAGCCCAGCUCAAAACAAGGGUGA